AACCAAUGACUUGGGGAUUCUUCAAAACUACCACCAACGACUCACCAAGGUAGAUCUCGAUGCAAGUCUGAGAACAUUACUCUGACAGCCCAAGAGGGGAUUCUAUUUUUCAGCCCUGUUGAAAAGGACAAAUUCUUACUUCUAUUCACCGUUUAGUCAAAGGAGAGUCCUCCGCAAAGUUUCACUUCAAAAUAGAGCUGUUGCUCAGCAGCUCACAGUCAUUUCUUGUCAACUUUUGUUCCAUUCAGAGACAAUUUGAUUGAGGUUACUGAAUGAAAUUCAAGGAAGAAAUCGACGUCCAGCUUCUGAAAUUGUUUUAACGUUGUUUUAUUGUGGUAGAGGAAGUUAAAUUGUCAGUUUUCGAUGUCAUUACAUCAAACAAUGGAUCGCUUCUUACGACGGCUAGCCCGCCAUGCUGCCCGCGGCGGUUCAGCCGCCGCUGCAUCGGCGUCCCACAGCUCUCCAGACAUGCAACCGCUCCCAACGCCUUCCGUCCAGUACCUCGCCGCCGCUGCAGCGAAUCAACCUCCAGUCAGUGACGCUCCUGCCGGCGUAGCGGGUGCACCAGGGAGCAAUAACGACUGGGAUAUGUCGACGCUAAACUCCAGCUUCGCGGAAAACUUCACCUUGUUCACGGACGGUGCGUCACAUGACCUCACGCCAACCCCAGACGGUCACGUGACAUCAGACGAAGCUUGGCCAGUGUCAUCGUUCGCGGUCAUCAAGGCUCUCGUCCUCAUCGUUAUCCUCGCCAUUCUCCUAGUCGUAAGCUGCAAAGUGACUAUGCAAUAUAUCAUAAAAUCAUCCAAACGAGAAAAGCGAUAAUGAGUGGUGUGACGCCAUUUUGUGUGUGGCUAAUUAUUGUACCACGAACACUAUUUCAAAGUAUUGGCGAAGAAGCCCAUUGGUACAAUGAAAAAUGUGUUGCUGCAGAUUCCAUGGUUGAGGCAAAGUCAGAAUUAUUAGAAAUGUUAGAGAGUAUUUGCAAUGAGAACAAUAUGUGUGAGAAUGCUUAGAAAAAUAUGAUACUUAACGCACAUGGUGCACUGGUGAUUUUACCUUCCAAAUCUAACACGUAGUGGUCUAAAAAUCAGAAAUUAUUGAUACGAUAGGCUAUAUUUCAUUUAUGGUUACCAAAUAUGAAAUAUGAUACGUACACGUAUAUUCCAUUUGGUAAUAAACCAUUCUAGAGUCUCAUUUGAGAACAUCCAAAAGAAAAAUUAUUAAAAGGUUGGUAAUUUGAUGCCUAUGUUAUUCUGAACACUCAAUGAUUUUAUAAGAACCGAACGCAGCUUACCAGUAUAGUUUAUGGCAUUGUACAGAUGAUUAGCACUGUCAUUCCUCCUUCAAAAAGCUAUAGCAUUUAUUUCUAUAGCAAAGAGAAAGUUUGCAACCGAAGUGGUAAAAGAUGCAAAGUGUAUCUUUCGUUCCUCUUCACACCCAGAAAUACCAGUUAGUUCCUCAAAAGUACGAUUUUGCUCGUUUUAGGGAACAUUUAUUUUUGCGUCCAAAAGGUACACAUUGACACCAUCCAUACAAAAUAAUGCAACACUUCGCUAACUUGCACUCUUAGGGAUACAAAAGGCAUCUGCACCCCAAGUUGAGGUAGCAGUAAAAGUUUGAAGGGUUUGAAAUGGCACAAUUUUUAUUUCUUAGUGUGUGCUUUGUCAUCGUUGUACAGUAAACUCUGGAUUUCCCAGUCUAAGUAUGCAUUUUCGUCGUGCAGUUAUUGUACUAUUUAUGAAUAAUUCAAAAUCCACCAUCUGAACGCCAAACAUUAAUGCGCCCUAAUAGGUGCAAGGUUAAACAUUUUAGGGUGCCUUUUAGGUACAAAAAAGUUCAUAAAUGCUCCUUUACAUUUAGGAUUUUAGAUCAGCACCAGUUUUACGUCGAAGGAAAGCUUCGUUAUAACUGUGACAAUUUUAUUGGUAUCUUUACAAAUAACAAAUUUAAGACCUAUAAAUCUUUUUCAUUCCUAAGCAUGGUGAGCCGAGAGGGUUCGGUCUUCUAUUUUAUCAAUCCUUAUGAACCGGUCGGUGUGGUGUGAGUUCAGUAUGGUUGAAAGGCAAACAUCGCAUACUCCAAUGACUUCUUCGCCUAUGAAUCUUUAUAUAAUUUUAUGUAAAUAGGAUUUGAUAUACAUUUGAAUUCCAUUGCCACCUAUGCAUAAAACUAGUUAUUUUGGUUAAGAUGGAACAGUUUACAGUGUAUAUAUUUUAUGCAGGAGACAUUAUUAUAUAUUCAUGCGCUACUGAACAUUAUAAUGAGAUUGUGGAGAUGGGGCAAGUCAAACAAGAUGUAAUGGGGGUAGAAAAAGCAACGCACAGACAUUCUUAUCUCACAUUUUGCUAGAAUCUUGGUGAGGAUGUAUACUUUUUUUCCUCAUCGGUAUUUUUAUAUAAAAAAAAACUGGUCCCGGUAACUCAAAGGCUAACGUUUAAUCGUUAAAUGAAAUGGCCUAUCAAGAUCAUCGUUACAUGCGCAUUUUGCUCAGUAGACUGACUAGCAUCCAAUCAGAAUUGUUCUUUCAAAUUGGCGAUUAAUCGGUAACCUUUGUGUUACGGGGCCGUGGGGUCCGUUGUAGAAAGAUCUGCAAUCAUACGCAAUUAACUCUAGAUAAUUAUCAUAUGUUACUUGAUUUUAACCAAUCAUCUGUGCGUAUUUGGGACUUAUGCUUGAAAUGGUUGCUUUGAGUAGCGUUAAUUGAACAAAACUAAACGUUCCCAACAUGCCCAAUGUGAUACUAGAAAGUUUUCGCGUUUACUACGGAGACACUCCCUACAAAGCAUCGAUUCCUUUGAAAACUACAUUUAAAAUCACAAUGGAGAGCUGAGAGGCUUUUGUCGAAAGUAGGUGGACUGGGAUAACAGAUCAUCCGAAGAUUUGCACCGGACGAACAAUUGCAAAUAAUUAUGUCGUUGCCCAGAGUCAAGGGAUUCCGAUGCUGUCCCGGUCCACCAACUUUCGGCAAAAGCCUCUUGGCUCUCCAUCAUCCCUUUCGGUCUACACACGAGAAUUUAUAGUCGUAUAGGCGGCUCUUUUGAGAUUUAGUAAAGAUUUGUCGGACGAUCAUCUUAAAGACGUGAAAACAAUCAUUCGUUGAAGAGAUGAUAGUUUUGUUUGUCCAAUGUCAAAUAUUGUCAAGCUCAAAAUUAAGUCAGGACCUAGUUUUUUUUUAUCAAUUCUCGAAUCAUUCAGAAACCAUAUAAUCUGAUAUUAUAUGUUCUUAUUGCGCAAAUGGAUUCUUAAUGAACGUGUAACGUAUUGGCCUUGCGGCUUCCUGGAUGAACGCCGUCCCAUGCCAGUAAUAAUAUCAAUCUUCUUGUACUCGUUCAUUUGCCGUAGGAAAGGUAAACGCCAUGAAACGAAGUAACCGCUCAUGUGUUGAGUAAGCCGAAAAGAAAUUCGUUGUUUACCUAGAUAACAGUGGUACUUUACUUGAAGAAGGAAUGAAAUUAAUGAUAUUCUUUGAAGCAAACUGUUGGGCGAUUGUCAAAAAAUUCCGAUUUGAAUUCUGGGGUUGGUCUGUAAUCUGUAAUCAGGUAUCAGUUGGACCGACAGCUAAAUACAGGAUUUCAUCUGAAAAACGACAUAAAUUCCUCACCAGAUAGUAUUUGUAUUUUGUGGACCGGUUAAUGUAAACUUCGCUUGAUUUUUAUUGAUUUAAAUUGUGUGUAUAUUGUGUGAAUUACAUAUUAUUUGAGCAAUAAGGGGAUCAACAUGUAUAGGCCUAUUUGCCAUUGGUAUUUUGAGGAUUAUCUAAAUAUGAAUUUAAUUUCAAAAUUAGUUUCAGCAUUUUGACAAUAAUUGUUUAUUUGUUAUCUUUCUCCGAAACACUUUUCCACACAUCUUAUAUAGUCCCUACAUCUUUUUCCUCCUCACUCGCUACCUGGAUAAUGAUUUUUGGCACGCACAAAGAACGCACAUCUUCUAUACGUAGGAAAAUUGUGCGCAUGGCCACUACAGAGAUAUUGAGGGUUAAAGCCCAAAGUAUGUUGCACUAUAUUACUUUCUGUUUAUAAGGAAAAAUGGGAGUAUGGUUUAGUAAGAAAUUCCAACCUAAAAUAUUUACGAAUGUGGUAUCAGUACGGUAAUGAAAUAGAAAUUACAGACCACCAUGUAGAUCGUAGUGACAUCUGGCCAUCAACUACGAUUAUUUUGAAGAGGAAUUGGCAUUUACUCCUACCCCAAAACUUGCAACAAACCCUGUUUUUUCGUUGUUUAGUAUCAUUCCGAACUUAAAUCAUAUAUUUUUAUUUUACUUGCUUGAACUUUCAUGUUUAAUCACAUUAAAAAAAAAAAAGUAGUCGCUGUCGGAUCGUAUGUAUAUGGCCUCUGACUUCAAGUCUAUGCAGGCGUUUACUCCACGUCCCUCCCCCUCCCCCCCCCCCCAUCUCUCUCUCUCUGUCUCUCUUUGUUCCCUAAAUUCUCGUCUUAUAAUUAUCUGAUUUACAGUAUAUUGAUUUUUUAUCCUUUAGUACAUUACUCUUUUGCAUUAUGAAAUGCAUUUGAGAUUUACGAUUGCGAUUAUAUUGUUUAUAUGUUGCGGUUUUGAAAAAGAUAUUAAUUCGUAGGUACAUUUUUAACGAUGAUUUUUAUAUAUAAUAUUGAAUUUGUACUGAGAAGUAUUUUACCUUUGUGGAUUUAUAUAUGAUUGUUUAAUUAAGUGGACAUUUUUUUAGUAAUAACGAACAAUAUUAGAAACUUUUCUUGAUUUUAAUAAAUGAAAAUAAUUUAUUUGAUAAAACCA